AUGAAUCAAGAAGCGCCUCGAGAGAAUCACCCCUCCCCCAACAACCCUCACCCUAAUGAGAUCUCUUAUCCUCAAGGAUGUUACGACCCUCACGAAAGGGUCCUUCAAAAAAACUUUUUGGAGGAGCUUGCUCUGGGUAUUGCUACUAAGGAUAUUAGACGCAUUAGAUUUGCGUUAGAUAACAAACUCGAUUCUGCUUUCAGCUGCAAGAUUUACGCAGAUGAUAACCCUUCCUCAGUCUGGGCUGUCGGAGUCCACGACCCGAGCGACGCUUAUCUAACAAAUAUGUCUGGCUGGAUUCACGAGAAUUGCGAGAAAAUAAUUUUUCAUACCUAUGGCUGCAAAAUUCCCACCCUACAUUUGUUAUUAAAACUCUGGUCGCCCCAUAUCGCCAAGCACUUCCAAACAGCAGUCGGCUCAUCAUCCAACUCGAUUCUGAACGGCAAGGACGAAGAGGGGGUCACCCCACUAAUCAAAGCUGCCCAAUGUUCGAUAGUCGAUGCAGUGAAGUUAUUACUCAGAUUCGGGGCCGAUCCAAACCAGAGGUGCAAUAAAGGCUUUAACGCUCUGGAACAUUCCCGCUAUGCAUCAAAAAAAAUAGAGCGACGAGAAACCGAAAAGUUGGAGGACUCGCACAGUGUUAUACAUCUUUUAUUGGACAGCAGUAUUGGAACGGGAUACCGUGACCAUAAAGGCCGCUCACUAUUUCACUUGGCCGUGAAACAUGGACAUUCAUCAUUGAUCGGUUUUUUAGCUGAGAAGGAGAGGGAAAGUAUGGAUUGCCCAGACAAUGGAAAUCAAACACCAUUGGAACUUGCUGUUAGGCUUGGUGAUCUUGAUUCGGUUAGUAACUUGGUCGACUCUGCUGCCGAAACAAAAAUCAGGGAGCAUUUUAAUGAUGAUGGAUACGACCAUUCAGAGUAUUUUACUCUAUUUAAAAAUGUUGUUGAACUAUUAGAGCGCAAAGGCCCAUCGGCAAUUUACAAAAUACUUCACACUGAAUGCACCCGGUACCAUUUUAAGUUAUCACAAGGGAGCCUAGAGACAGCCCUACGAGCCCAGCCAGCUUACCGAAACCCAGCAAAUACUCAGAUUCACAAUCCCGAAUCGAUACCCCCAUCCAGAGUUGAACGAAAGCAGCACCAUCUCUCUCGAUCGUUAUCUAUACCCGGAGUCAACCAGAGCCAGAACGAUGAUCCCCAGUCGGUAUCUGGCGUCGAUCAAAGCGAGGACAAUGAUCCCCAGUCUGUACCUGGAGUCGAUCAGAGCCAGGACCUGCACUUUCAAGUAGGAUUAGAGAGUAAAUUUCAGAGAGAUCUCCGAACCUUUCAGCAAAAGAGCCUUGCCAACACUCCCAUCGACAUGCGUUACUAUCUCAAGACAGCUUUGGACGCCAAUACUCAGGAAGACUUCGAAGAUUUGGCCGCAAGGAGCAUUUGUUUCUGCUCAGACUCGUUUACAAGAGCAGGAUUUUUUCAUUCUGUAACUAUGUUUUUCUGUCCAUGGGACUCCGAGGAUCGCAAAAGGUCUUAUGAACGCCUUGAAGCCAUAUUCCAUAAUUAUUCUCUGGAAUGUCAAGAUCGCAUAAAUCUUCAUGGGUCCGCGUCGUGUCCUCAGAGUGAUUUUUAUACACCUCCGUUUGGAGUCAUAGAUAAUGAACUCAUCCGACGCCAAGGUAUCUUGAGGAAAGGUAUACUCUCCAAAGACCAGGAGGAUCUCGAGAAAAUCAUAGCAAAUUCUUGUGAUCACUAUGAUUCUAUAUCAAGGCAAGAGUACUUUAAAUCUGCAGCGUUGUUUUUCCACCCGUGGGUACACAAAAAACAAGAGAACUGCAGAGAAAGGCUGGAACAGUUAUUUCAAUUUACCCAAAGCUCCUGUCAUGAUGGCUCACACGGCCCUGUUCUCCACCCCCCCCACGAAAGUGUCCCGCAUAUUUCAGACGACGAUUAUGAGCCGCAGCUGGAUACACGCCCUGACGAAUAUCAGCCCUCAGUCAUUGCCAUCAGUGAUCACCAAAGCGAGAGCGAUGGAAACGAAAGAAAAAUUAAACAAGAGCUCAAGUCAGAACCACAGACGGAAGAACAAGACUAUGAAUCUGAGGGCGGGCUCGAAGUUAAAUGCGAGGAGACGUCGACAGCCACAGAGCGGAGAGGAGACAGUCAGGACGGUGAUGGCUCCGGUCGAAGCGAUAAUCGUGAACAGGAUCAAUCACCUAGCAGCGCCAAUCAAAAACUUCAGUCAAAAAGACGCCAUUCAAAGGAGAACAAGGAAAAAAAAGCGAAUAAACGCCAGAAAAGACGUCAUGCGGGGAAGGACAAGGAAAUAAAAGCGAAUAAACGCCAGAAAAGACGUCUUUCGGGGGAGGAUAAGGAAGUAAAAGUGAAUAAAGGCCAAAAGAGACCGCAGGAUCUCGGUGUACAGGAACAGGAGCGCAAUGAUGGAAAGAAGGUUGAGACCUGGAGUGAUAGGGCCUGUGGCCAAGGUGGUAAUACGCAAAAUCUUUCGAGAAAGCGUAAAGGGACAGCUGAUGUUGAAGAAAAGCAGAGUAUUUCUGCUAAACGUUCCAAAAACUAG